AUUCUUCAUUUUGGAGUAGUGUGACUGAGCUGCAGUCAUGGUGUGCAUUCCCUGUAUUGUGAUUCCUGUCCUGUUGUGGGUCUACAAGAGAUUCCUGGAGCCUAUCCUCUACCCUUUCAUUUCCCCGAUUAUGAAUAUGUUCUGGACCAAAAAAGCAGUCCAGGAGACAGGCACUAGUGACCAAAAAGCUACUGAGACUAGCAAUGGGACUUGCAAGCCUGAAAGCAAUGGUGUAGCCACUGCCAACGGAGCCACUAUAGCAGCAGACAAGAAGACAGACUGACAGUGCUAUAUGUUUAUAAUGCAUCUUAACCAAUGUAAAUAUUCAAUUCUAAUAAUAUAGAGAAACUAUGAAUUAACUUAUCUUCUUUGAAUGGAGUGGUUUUAAAACUCUCCAUAUUAUGUGUACAGAUUCAUUUGUUUGUAUAACAGUAACUUUGAGAAUUUGGUUAUUGUUGAUAUAUUUUCUUUGUUUAAUUGAUCCCUGCAUAGACUGUGUUGAAUAAACUAUCUCUAUUAAAUAUCUUUUAUAAGUCAAAUGGCAGUUUGAUGAAUGAAUAAAACAAAAUCUUCAAUCAAGAA